GUGACCGAAAGAGCCAGCUCUCUAAAACGGUAAAACCCCAUUGCGCCCCAGAAACCCAAAACCCCAGCAAGGACAGCCGCUACGUUCAACGAAAAUUUCCCACACAAAGAAGCUGAUACUUGAAACACUGUCAACCCAUUUUCGGGUUAUUUCUGUUUUUGGUGCAUUUGAUGUGUGAAAAAAUGUAAGACAAAACAUAGGAGCCCAUCAGGCCUAGUUCGUGUCUUGGGUUGCCUAUAUAGGAUAAUAGCUGCGAGAAUCGGAUUGUGAGUAAAACUUCUACAGAAGAUUUGUUGGGAAGUGAGGAAUCGGAUUCCAUCUGAUCAAAAUCAUGUUUCUGUCAAGAAUUUUUGGGAGAACACUAUUUGCUGCAGCUAAAUCAGAAACUUCUACUGCCACAGCUGCGGCUGCUUCAGCAGCUAGGAACCCUCUGGAAGAGUUCUUUGAGGCAGAUAGAAGUGUAGAUGAUGACAAACCCGUUGUCUAUGGUCGAAGUUGGAAGGCUUCUGAACUGCGGCUGAAGUCAUGGGACGAUCUUAAUAAGCUAUGGUAUGUGUUGUUAAAGGAGAAAAACAUGCUUAUGACUCAACGCCAGAUGCUUCAUGCACAGAAUCUAAAAUUUCCUAAUCCAGAGCGCAUUCCCAAGGUGAGGAAGUCAAUGUGCCGUAUCAAGCAAGUUCUCACUGAGAGAGCAAUUGAAGAUCCAGAUCCCAGGAGAUCUGCUGAGAUGAAGAGGAUGAUAAAUUCUCUGUGAUGACUUCCAGCUUCUGUCAGUUCCCAAAACACCACCACUGGGAAUGUUGGUGGACUGCAGUAUGGCCUUAUUUUUCUGGGUGUAGGGCUGCAGCUUCUGGUAAUUCAGAGUAUCAUUGUUUCAGAGUAAAUUGACAAUUUGCAACCUAUUUGUGAAUUUACAGAUUACUUGCUUUUUGUCUCUCAUGUUAGUCUUAUUUGUAGUGUUGGCCACUGAGCACAUGAUUAACACAGCUUGUACUUGGUGAGGUGAGCGGUGGCUAUGUAGAACAUCAAUAUGUAUUUUGUUUGGCCCACAAUGUCUGAGUAUCCUAAUCUGUCUCUUGGUUUUCUUUUUGAACUUAUUUUCUAGUCUUAUGAGUUUUGCUAUUAGUGACAUGAUGAUAUGUUGGUGUUUGCUAGUCA